CAGGGAAGGAGGCUGCCCGCUGCGGGGAGGCGGCUGCAGCUGGGAAACAGCAGCUCUGGUUUCUGCUCGCAUUUGGGGGUGGGGUGGGAGGUGUGUGUGAGAAACGCCAAGCGAUGGAUCUUCCCUGCUCCUGACGCCGCUCUCUCCCCGUCGGGACUCAGCGGGCGCUGGAGGAAAGGAGCCGCGAGGGAGCAGCGCCGCUCGCAGCCCCGUGGGGAGCCGGCUGCGGGGAGCGGCGGCUGCCUCCGGCCCCCAGCGACUCCUCCCGGAGCGGCCCCUGCGCUUCACCUUUGCCUGCAGUUAACAAGCGUGCAAUUUGGGGUUAAUGGAGCUGGGGUUACUGUUCCUCUUUGGGCUUACAAUUACAUCGACUGCAGGGUCCUCGCUGCCCCGGCCUCGCUCCGUGCCGGCCGGCGGCGAGCCGCGCUCGGCGGCGCUGGGCCGGGAGGAGCGGGAGGGCGGCGAGGCGGCGGCGGCGGCGGCGCCGGGCGGCGGCGGCCGGGCCAGGGCUGACGGCGGGACGCUGCGGCGGCGAGCCCGGCGCUGCACUUGCUACACCUACAAGGACAAGGAGUGCGUCUACUACUGCCACCUCGACAUCAUCUGGAUCAACACCCCCGAGAGGACUGUACCAUAUGGACUGUCUAACUACAGAGGCAAUUUUAGAGGCAAAAGAUCUACAGGCCAGAAUCAAAGUACUUUCCAGUCUUCUUUCCGGUGUUCUUGUUUGGAUGCUCAUGACAAGCAGUGUAUGCAGUUUUGCAGGAGAAUGCAAGACAGAAGAAGAAAUCACGGAUCAAUGAAAAUAACAGAGGAGAAAGACCAAAGCAGGGAGGAGGAGAAUGCUUUCAUUCAGUAGCACAGAGAGCUUGGAGGAUCUUGAACAGUCAGGUAUGGCUCAGCUUUAACGUUCAUUUGCUGAAGCUCAGAAGCAAGAACUUAAACUACAGCUCUCCCCUGAGAUGGACAACAUUGAUGCUUCAGUCUGAUGCCAGUGGAGAAUUCAGCAGCAUGCUACACUUCCAUUCCCUCAAUGCCAUUCUGAGGGCACGUGAACCUGUAUGAAGAAGCUUUCUCCCAUGCUCCCCUUGUGAGAGUCUCAGUAAAGGAUAAUUAUCACAUAACCCGGCAGGGAAUAUAUAUAUAUCAAUAUUGAACACAAAUUCAAAGACUGAUUGAAACUUCAGCAACACAAUUUCAGGAAACAUUUUUCUACCUGAUUUUUAAAAGUAAAAUGGAAACAUACUGUUUCACUUAUGCUUGCUAUGUGUCUGAAGAACCCAUCCAGUUUUACGUGGGCAAUUGUAACUGGACAACGUGAUGAGUUAGAGAGAUUGCCUAUACAUGAGUUCUCAAUAAGAAUAAACAGAUUCAAAAUGUUUCUCUUGUUAAUGUAUGCAAGCCUGAAUCAUCAUAUUGUAACCUUGUGGCAGAUGUUUAAAUAACAAUAUCUAUGCAGAAUAAAUAUGAACGGCUAAUA